ACUGCCUUUUCAGUUAACGUUAGUCUCGUUGGCAACUGAAAGUACCUGAGCGGUAUGAUGAAGACUCUAUGCCAGUGAACAUCUCACUAUUGGAUUUUUUCAAAUAGCGUUCAAUCUAGGCCUAGACUUAUUGCCGUCAUCAUCGCAUUGAUUAUAAGCUGCGUCUAAAGUGUCGUGUUAUUUUGAUGUCAAAUUUCUGCCAUCACCUCACUUCCAGGUGACAUGGCCAGCGUGCCUUACAUAUUGUGGCGAUUGUCAGCGUCGAGGCCAUCAGCGCCUUCCUUGUGAAUUGAUCCGCAGACCACACGAAUGUCACCUCGUUCCGCGGUUGACGUGGGCUCUUUUUCGCGCCUGGAACAGACUUAAAAGCUGGCCAUGUAACUUUGAAGAAAAUUAUUCUCCAUCCACUCCACUUGUGACGACGACGAGAAGCUCAACUUUGUUAUCUAUUAACGAUGUUCACUACCAUGCGGUUUGCCUCCCUCGCCCUUGUUGCAGGUGUAUGUGUAUCAACAGUUGUGGCGCAGUCGCUGCCCACCAACUGUGACAGGAACUACACAGUCCAAGCUGGCAACACUUGUGAUGUUAUUUCUGCUCAGCAGAAUGUCUCUACCUAUCAGCUCGCUUCUGUGAACGCCCAGAUUGUCAACACUAAUUGUACUAACUUAUUUGUUGGCGAGUUGCUUUGCUUGGGCCUUACAGGGCAAGAUUGCAAUGUCACGUACGUCAUGCAGUCCGGAGAUACCUGCAGCACUAUUGCUGCGGGUGCUGGAAUCCCUCUUAGCACGCUUCUCACCAACAACCCAAAUGUCAACCCCAUUUGUAGUGAUCUCUACCCUGGAGAGGUCUUGUGCACUUCCAGCCAGAUCUACGUGAAUCUCACUUACUCGAGCUAGAUCUAAUAAAAGCAUAAUUUAUAUGGAUAAAGGUUUAGAAAAUAGGGAACACUCCAUGAAAGCGCAUUGUUAGACUAAAGCCAGCAGUGCCUUUGAGAUACUCGAAACCCACUAUAAGUAUAUAAGU